AUGGGCAACAGCCGUUCUCGUGUAACACCGUCGCGACCAUUGAAAAUAUUAGAUUCUCAAACGCGUGCCCGAUAUAAAAAUCGACAUGAAUUAACGCGACUAAAUGAUAAAAUUAGACAAAUAACCUCUGAAAAAAAUACAGCAGUGUCCCGGAUAACUUGUGAUCAACAUAUUACUAAAUUGCAAUUACAUCAAAUGCAACACGAAAAUGACCAAAGAAAAUUUUUCAAAAGACUUAACAGAUUUAAUCGCCGAAACAGUGCAGCGUCCAUUAGUGAGUCUGAAUGUAGUGAUGCAAGUGAUACAUCAUUAUCUGAUUCUCCAAGUCUUCUUGUUCACAAUAUAAACACAUCACUGGAAUGGGAAAAAAGUAUUUAUAUUCCCGGUAAACAAUUUGAUGGAAAAAAAACGACGAAAUCAUCAACUAUUUUGGAUACAAUUCAAUCACAAUAUUCAUCCAAAUUAGAUAGUCUUCAUGCAUUCGAUCAAACUGAAUCAUCACGAUUGUAUGAUCAACUAAGUUUAGAACAGCUGACUGAAGUCAUGAAAAAAUCAAUUAAAAUUUCAGUAGCACGCGCAGCACGCGAUUCAAAUGUUGCUGCUCGUCGUGCAGCAAAGAUUUACUAA